AUGAGUGGCAUGACUCUGCCCAACAUAAUAGCGCCCAUCAUCAACUCCUCACCUCAAGAAGACAAAAUUGUACUAUCGUUUUACUACCGCUGGGCGCUUCAGACUCUUUCGGCUAUCUCUUUUCUGCACUCCCAUAGAACUAUCAUCUCCAACUUCGGCGUCUUGGGCUCACACUGGCUCCAUCCAGACUUCUCCAUCGCACUCACCGGCUUCGUCAACGCCCUAACUAUCCCCGAAGGCUUGAACACUCUAUCGUUUAGCCAAUUCUCGCCAGAGCACAGAGCUGAAGAACCUUUCGACGAUAGAAGUGACAACCCCGGUGGCGAAAAAUUCGUUUACACCGAAGACGGCAAAGAAAUGCUCGGUGUCAAAUCGGACCUGUUUCAACGGGCGACCUUCGUGUGGCGGCUGAUGACGGGUAGUGAGCAGGAUAAGAUCGGAUGGCCGUGGGAGCCGUCGAGUCCGAAGUGA